GGUUUGACUAUGGUCAUGUUUGUCCCUUUGCACUUUCCGUAGCAGGAGCUUGUUUGCCGCAGGCGACCCAUGCGUUGUUUACAUGCAAUCUUUGAACGUCUUUCUUGUGUCCGAUGACAGCCGAUUACAACACAACCAUCUUCUUUAACUGACGUCUCUUCAAUAACUGAAAAGAUGACGGACCAUGCCCCUUCUGUCGCCAUGGAGGCCGUCCUUAAGCCCAGUUGCCCCCUCUCAGAGGACAUGCAAAAGAUCCGAGGCUACGACUUCAACAAGGGGGUUGAUCUCCAGGCAGUGAUGGAUUCCUACAUCACCACAGGCUUCCAGGCCAGCAGCUUGGGUUUGGCCAUCCAGGAGAUUAACCUCAUGAUAGAGAAGCGUCUUGAGCCAGUGGAGGAGGGUGAAACAAAAGAGCCCGAUGAAUACCGCAGCAGAUCGGGCUGCACCAUCUUCCUGGGCUACACCUCCAACCUCAUCAGCUCCGGAGUCAGAGAGAGCAUCCGCUACCUGGCAGAGCACAAAAUGGUGGAUGUGAUUGUCACCACAGCCGGAGGCAUAGAGGAGGAUUUCAUCAAGUGUAUGGCUCACACAUACUUGGGGGAUUUCAGCAUGCCUGGCAAGGAGCUCCGGCUGAAGGGCAUCAAUAGGAUAGGGAAUCUGUUGGUGCCCAAUGACAACUACUGUAAGUUUGAAGACUGGCUGAUGCCCAUCCUGGACCAGAUGCUGUUGGAGCAGAAAACAGAGGGCACGAGUUGGACUCCCUCAAAAAUGAUCCAUCGGCUUGGCAAGGAGAUCAAUAAUACUGACUCUGUCUACUACUGGGCGUACAAGAAUAACAUUCCCGUGUUCAGUCCCGCUCUGACAGACGGCUCUCUGGGAGACAUGCUCUACUUCCACUCCUUUAAGAACCCUGGCUUGGUUUUGGACAUAGUGGAAGAUAUUCGCAGAUUGAACGGCCAAGCGGUGUUUGCCAAAAGAACUGGAAUGAUCAUCCUGGGAGGAGGUCUGGUCAAACAUCACAUAUCCAAUGCUAAUCUUAUGAGAAAUGGAGCUGACCAUGCGGUGUUUGUGAACACGGGUCAGGAGUUCGAUGGCUCUGACUCUGGGGCCAGACCUGAUGAGGCUGUAUCCUGGGGCAAAAUCAGAACAGAUGCCAAACCUGUGAAGGUGUAUGCAGACGCCUCUCUAGUCUUCCCUCUGAUUGUGUCCCAGACCUUCGCUUUCCACGCUGACAAGCUGACUGCCGACAAGACAACAGAAUAAAUGUUUGGCCCCUCAAGUGCUCUGUUCGAAACAACAACAACUUUGUUCCUCUGGAUCUUCCCUUGUUGGACUAUUGGCAGAUUUAAGUUAGAUCUUAUAAACAUUUCUGUUGAAAAUACAUGAUAGGCAACUUUAAGUAGCAGCAUUAAAUACAAUGCUGCAAUUGAAAACCUUGUUUAAUGGGAGUCAGUGAGGGUUUUCAGAUAGCUGGAGUAGUAUGUGUAGCAUGCUAUUGCUUGUACCAAAGAGACUGUUGAGAAUGCAUCAUGUUUUAACCGUGUGUGUGUGUGUGUGUGUGUGUGUGUGUGUGUGUGUGUGUGUGUGUGUGUGUGUGUGUGUGUUUACCCAGGGCUUGACAGUUAAAAGAUUUCUUUAAAAAGGCAGUGUACGGAUUUUCGUGUGUGGCGAUGUUAUUUAAGAGUUAUGAUUUAUUGUAUUUUAAUUGUGGCAUGACACACGGUCACAUCACUUGUAUAUUACCACAUUGCUUCUCAGUUUUUAUCUCACUGUCAGUUUUACAGGAUUAAAUUUGUGCCUGUAUAACUUUAAGAAAUCAUAAUUUCAUCCCACUACAAAAAGCCUUUUGUGCAGUAGGUCUGUGUGAGAUGGCCACAAGUGGUCCAUCAUGUGACACUUAAUUUCACAUGACAGUGUUUGUGAUCUUUGUCGUAUCAAAGGACAUAACAAAUACAUUACAGACACACAAGAUAUUAUGAUGCAAAAUUAUAUUUAGAGUAAUAUAUACAGUUUGCAGCUGUGUGUGUGUAAACUGCUUAAAGUGUUGCUGUUGUUCUCGUAACAGAGAGACUCAGUGUCCACUUUAUUAUGGAAUACUUAUACAAUUUAAUGCAAUUUCAAUACAACAGCUCUGGCAUAAAUUCUACCUUUAACAAAGUUUAAAUUGUUUAAGUAAAUUUAGCUAUAUGUUUAUUAUUGAGGUCAUAGUUAAAAGAGUUGUUCUGGACUACAUUAUAUUGAGAGGUGUUUUCUAAUGUUUUAUUUACAUGAAUGGUUUUAUUUAUUUUCUUCAACCUUUAUUUAACCAGCUUAAUCUCACCAAUAACAGCACAGAGCUCCAAAAUAAUAAUAGGCACACAUAGUUUGUCCCUACAGACAACAUAUUUCUCCAUAGCUUUAAACGUGUUCAGGGUUACCAUGUUUUGUAGUUUAAGAUCAGUCUGUAGCUUAUUCAGUGCAGAACAUCUAAAAGCUUUCUUUCCAAUUCAGUUUGGUCUUUGGAAACAACAAAUCCCAAAAUGUCCAGAGAAGGAAGAUUGUGACUUCCAUAUUUCAUGUUUAAAGACAUGUAAGGAGGAUGAAUGGCGGCAUGCAUAUAAAGCAGAACAAUUCACUUUUGAAUAUAAUACACAAUGGUGAGUAAAACAAGUGUUCAAUUUAACAAUGAGUUAAAAAGUAGAUACCAACUAAAUUUAUUGACAAUUUCCAUAAAAGAAAAAAUAUGAGAAACACCUCUGAAUAUAAUGCAGUCCUUGUGGCACAUGUCUUAAUGUCUGGUGAGCGCCUCCAGCCACCUUAAAGAAGUACUUCAUUUGUAUAUACUUACCCCGUGUUACCUUGAAUUCUUAAAGGAAACUAAGUUUUACUUGCAUGCCUCCACAGGUGAGCAAAGAACCCAAAGUAAAUGGGGGACAGCGUUUAACAACAGCAACGAUAUCUGUUUACAAACUCACACAACUAGUGCAGUAUAAUCCAAGUCUCAUUUACCCAGUCGUAUGCUCACUUUAAUUCAUCACAACUGUUUUACAUUUUUUCCGCUCACGGUGGAGGCAUGCGAGAGAAUUGAAGGUAACCCGGGGUGAGUAAUUGAUAUACAAAUGAUCAUUUGGUGGUUGAUGUAUUCCUUUAAUGCUGUACGUGAGAUCCUUCCCUCCAAUCACCCGAGGGGCUCAUAAGAGCAUCACAACUUCCGCAUGUCUGGUUACAGCUUGCUCAGUAUGGGACUCUUGUCUCUUUCCCGUUCUGCUUUCUUUAGCGAAAUCAACCGCAUGAUGUAGUAACAAUGAUAAAGCCAUUUCCCAUUACAAUACAUCAGGCUGCUAUUGUGGGAGUGGAUAUUUCCUCUGGCUAAUCACUGCUCCCAUAUCCUUUACACACAGCCAGUUAUAUUUGCAGACUUUGGAAUGGAAAUAUCUGUAGUUUUUGUGUCAAAUGUGUAUAUAAUAUAUUCACUUUUUUCCCCCCAUA